UUUGUAAAUAAUUAUUUAUUCAUAAGUUUAAAUACUUAUCAUUGUUUAAAAUUAACUCCUUAACAAUGUUUACUAUCAAAAUUCCUUCAAAUUGUUCAGACAGUGCCCAAGAGAUUAAAAAUAUCGACAGCGAAACUUUCAAACAGCUACUUAAAACCAAGUGGGAUGAAAUUCACGACCAAACGGAUGCUUUUCGCUAUAAAAUUAACAAAAUGAGAGAAAGAAUUGUGGACAACAGAUACAUACUUCUGUUGAACCCAGAGCGAGGGUUCAAGAGAAGAGAGCCGGAGUUCAUAGACAAUAUCCACAAACCAUACAAUCCCGAUGAGUUCAACUUCAACAAAACUUCAUCGAAAGAACAUUUAUUUACCAUGCAUGAAAACAACAGUACGGACACUCACUUAUUCCUAGUAAACGUGAGCCCCAUAUCCCGGUACCACACGCUGCUGUGCCCGUCGGUCAACAGACGUCUGCCGCAGGUGGUCACGGAAGACAGCAUCAGGCUGGUUUUGGAUGUCAAGUGCUUUGCGCAGGAUCGUGAUCUAAAAAUUGGAUUCAACAGCCUCUGCGCUUUUGCUUCCGUGAACCACCUCCAUUACCACAUGAUGUAUGAAAAGAAUACAUUUCAUGUUGCAACUGAUAAAUGCGUCCACUUAAAAGGUCCACUCUAUUUAAUAAAUAAUAUCGUCCCAGCGUUCUGCUUCCAAGUUACGAAAGAAACGAAAACCCAAGCAGUUCAAGACAUCUUCAGACUGACUGAAUAUCUAGUCUCGAAAUCCAUAGGACAUAAUAUACUAGUAACCGAUGGAGAGCCAGUGGUACCAAAGUGUAACAAUGUGUUACCAGAGUGUAAACAUGUGUUACCAGAGUGCAAUGAAAUGGUACCAAGUAUCAACGAUGUGGUACCACGGAGUAAUGAUAAGGUACCAGGUUGUAUUGAUAAGGUACCAGGGUGUAAUGAUAUGGUACCGAGGUGUAAUGAUAUGGUACCACGGUGUAAUGAUACGGUACCAGGGUGUAAGGAGGGUGGGGUGGUGAGAGUGCUGGUGACGCCGAGAUUGAGCACUGCCGGUGUUAAAGCGUUGACCUCGUUCAAUGUUGCCGUUUUAGAGCUGAGCGGGUGGUUUCCUGUCUUUAAUCCUGAGUAUUUCGAUACAUUCAGUGCGGCAGAUUUGGAGCAAGAGUUGAGUAAAUGGAAAUUGCCUCAUUUUGAAGAAUUAUCUGAAGAAGUUAAAUCAUUGUAUUAGGUCUCUCAGGGGAUGACCGAACCGAGGGCGAAGGGCAUGCGUCCCCAACUCCCUAUGCGCUGCUAGCAGUGCUAGCCCCUCCACAUCUCACUCGGCGCUAGACUUACGUGCUGCUACUUGUUUAGGGGCAUUUGCAGAAUUUGGGACUCCCCAAUUAGCGUAAGUUAUUAACAAAAAUUAACUCACUGUCAGUUUUGUGAGUCGUCACAAAACUGACAGUGAGUUCAUUUUUAAUGGGGGGUUAAUUGUCGAACUAAGCAUGAAUUUUCAAUAAAAACAUUGCUUUUGUGCUAAUUACAUGAGCUUUAAGCGAUAAUCUAUACUCAGAAUGUGAAAAAAGUAAAUUUUUGGACAGAUUUUAUGCUUAAUUUUCGUCACAAAACUGACAUCGAGUUAAUUUUUGUUAACAACUUACGCUAAUUGGGGGGGCAAAUUCUGAAAAUGCCCCAGGUAUAAAGAGUAAGUACUCAGUCAAACUGUGUAAGAAUGUGUCAAAUAUAUAUAAAAUAUGACCCAAAUGACGUCUUCGUGAUUGAAAUUAUCUAUUUUCUACAAUCAGUAUUUUUUACUAUCGCAGUCGACUGAGCAAGUGAUGACCAACUUGAGUCUUACCGGAACGAGAUAAAG